AUGAGCGUCAAUGUAAACAACAUCAUCGAGAACAUUACAAAUACAUCGAUUGUUGGCAAAGCAACGGUUGAUAAUGAUACUCCUACACCAGGCUAUUUAUACCUAGAUCUACAAAAUGAAACAUUAAAGAGUAUAGAUCAAUCACAAUACAUUCUAAAGAAACUACUAUCAAGACUAAAGAAAGAUUCACCAAAUAUUAAACUCAAAGUAUUAAAAGCUAUUAAACAUUUGAUACUCAAAGGUCAUGUAUCAUUUAGACAAGAUUUGGUUACUUGUUCUGACCAAAUUCAACAUUGUACAAAUUUUAGAGGAGCACAAGAUCAAUUCAAAGGAGAUACUCUUUAUCAAUCAAUUAGAAGAGAAUCAAAUGAAAUAUUGAAUCUAUUGUACCAAUACAAUAACUCAAAUUCAAGUUAUUCAUCACUAUCUCAAAACAACACUACUACUGGUGAUGAUGAACAACAAUCAACGUCGAUGAUUAGAAUGGAGAGUAGAAGUGGUGGUAGUGGUAAUGGCGGUGGUGCAACUAGUCAAAGAGUACAUCAUUCACAUCAUAGUAGUAUUGGAUUUGGUGGUAAUGGAAGCAUGACAAAUGCACCUGCCCCUCCACCAACUAAAAUUGAUAAGAUUGCAAACAUCACAACCAAGAUUGCAGCAUCUUUUCAAGACCAUCAUCAACAUCAUCCUAAAAAGGUGGUCUUGUCUAACUUUGGUUCACCAAUGUUGUCUGACAUUUCAGUUUCAAUCCCAUCUGUUCCAGUUCGUGAUGGUUCACAUUUAAUGGUAUCAACUCAAGACAAUAAUAAUAAUAAUAACAAUGGAAACAAUAAUAGUCUGGCACUUACAGGAUUACCAACAUUUGAUAAUGGUGAUACCGCCGUAGCAACAGCAGAAGAUGAUUUCGAUCAAUUAUAUCAAGAUUUUGGAGAAUUUAAAUUUAUUUCAAAUACUCUUGGUGAUUCACAAUCUGUUAGUUUAUCGACAACAUCGAUUGCAAAGUUUCUAAGAUACGUUCAACAACCAAAUAUCAAUAUGGAUUUGAUUCUUCAACUUUUAUACAAUCGAUUAAAACACAAACAUUGGCAAAUGAAAUUAAAAUCAUUGAAUUUAAUAGAAUCUCUUAUUGAAAAUGUUGCCACUAUUGCCAUUCCAUUCUAUCAACAAUACAACAACAAUAUAAAGACACUGGUAGAUUCAUUACAGAUAAAGAUUAGAGAAAAAUCUAAAAAUAUAUUAAAGUUGUUGGGAAUUGAAAUACCAAAACCAAUCGAACAACAACAACAACCACAACAACAGCAACAACAAUCACAUAGUGUUACAAAUGAUAAUACAAACCAAAAUAAUACGACUAAUAAUAAUAACAAGCUUGUUGACGAUUCAUAUAGAGAUAUAUUCAAUUUAGGGAAUGAAGAAAAUAAUAAUAAUAAUAAUAAUAAUAAUAAUAAUAAUAAUAAUAAUAAUAAUAAUAAUAAUAACAGUAAUAGUAAAAACAAACCAAAUGGUAAUAUGUUUGGAGGAUUAUCAGUAAAUACAAAGAGUAAUAAUAAUAACAAUAAUAAUAACGAUAUUUUAAUGGAUUUGAGUAAUAAUAGCAACAAGAAUAAUAAUAGCAAUCAAAGUAGAGAUUUAAUUGAUGAUUUAUUUAAUAUUUCACCUGUAAAUACCAGUCCAACCAUUACUUCAAGCAAUAAAAAUAGUAAUAAUAAUAAUAACAGUAAUAGUAAAAACAAUUAUAAUAAUAGUAAUACAAUGGAAUUUGAUCCAAUUUUUGGUAAAUCAUCAUCGAGGCAAACAACGACAUCAACAUCUAAUGGUAAUCUAUUGGAUUAUGAUCUUUUAACAGCAAACACUGCUGGAAUGACAUCCACCGAGGCAUUAUAUGGUUUAGAAUCCCUACAACUUUCCCCUUUACUCCAAUCUUCAUCAUCAUCAUCAUCAUUACCGACCACUGCCACUACAGCUACAGCCGCCACACAAGCGACCAAACAAAGUGUAGGAGCAGGGACAUCUAUAUCACCCACCACCAACAACACAAAAGUACAUCAACAACCAAAACCUACACCAUUGGAUCCAUUUGGGAAUCUAAAACAUUUCAUUCCCAACACCACCUCUUCAUCUACCACCACCUCUAAUAAAUAG